UGCGCCCUCCCUCCGGGGAGGAGACAUCAAACCCUCAUGUGAUGUCACUGGUUUGAUUUCUAUAAAUGCCACUAGUGUUCUUGGUAGUGCUCCGGGAAUCCAGAUCAACAUCAACAUCAAGCUCUUUAGGGCUUAACACCUCUACUGAGAAAUGCAAUGCCCUCCCAAGCCUCAGUUUGCCAGCUGGCUCAUAGAGCAGGUGGAGACAGGCCAGUACAAGGGCCUGUGCUAUGUGGACCAAAACAAGUUCAGAGUCCCAUGGAAGCACAACUCCAGAAAGGACUGCAAUGAAGAGGACAGCAAAAUAUUCCGGGCAUGGGCAGUAGCAAGUGGAAAAAUCAACGAGUUCCCCACUGACAAGGCCAGGUGGAAAACCAACUUUCGAUGCGCUCUGAACAACCUCUACGUGCGCUUCAAGAUGAUAGAGGAUAAUUCCAAGAAUUCUGACGACCCUCAUAAAAUCUAUGAGAUUAUCAACACUGAGUACAACUAUGAAUGUCAGCCAACACAAGACUCCCAGGAGGAUUCCAAAAUGGCUCCAGAUAUCUACAGAAACAUAGAGUGCUUCCCCUCAGGAAAUGAGCACAAUCUGCUUAACAAUUUCAUGGCCUUGGAUCUUGGCAACCAUCCUUCAGAGGAGCAACCGUGGGCAGAGAACUUUGGCCAGCACAAGUCAGCUGUCUUUGAAAGCUAUCCUUUAGCAGCCGAGGACCACCCACAGCUGUUACCAGAUCAGACGUCUUACUAUGAGGUAAAUCCUCAGCCGGUCCUCAGUUCACCUCUGCAGCCAAGUAUAUAUGACCUGGAGAUCUCCAUCCACUACAGGAAAAGACAAAUGCUAAAGACCACACUGCACACUGCCCGUCUCCAGCUCCACUACCUACUCGAGGCCCCUGAGCUCAGUGCCCAUCAUAUCUGCUUCCCCUCCACUGAUGGUCUGCUGGACCAUAAACAGGUUGAUUUCACCAACCGCGUCCUUAACAGCAUCCAGAAAGGUCUACUCCUGGAGGUACGGGAGACUGGUAUCUAUGCCUGGAGGCAGGACAGGUGCCAUGUGUUUGCCAGCACCAGUGACCCCAGUGUGGCUCACCCAGACCCAAGAAAGCUGCCCCAGAACACCAUGGUGGAGCUCCUCAGUUUUGAGAAGUAUGUGAAUGAAUUGAAACAGUUUAAAGAGAACAAUGGUGGUUCUCCAGAAUACACCAUCAACAUGUGCUUUGGAGAGAAAUUUCCUGAUGGAAAACCUUUGGAGAAGAAGCUUAUCGUAGUGAAGGUGGUCCCUCUGAUCUGUCGACACUUUCAUGAGAUGGCCCAGAUGGAGGGGGCUUCGUCUCUUCACAGCGCCAACGUCAGCCUACAGAUCUCACACAACAGCCUCUAUGAUCUCAUUUACUCUGUCUUUGGUCUGCCGACAGUUGAAGAGCCAGCACGGGCUGAUGCGGCUUUUACACACCAGCUCUGAAAUUUUAUGUCUCACUCACCUCUGAUGGGGACUAUUUCAACUACCUACGGGACCACAUGAUGCACCACAUUCUGCUUCGCUAAAAAUGUAGCCAAACUGAUGACCUGUUGAAUGUGCUAUAGUAGCUCAAACAGGAAUGAACUGAAUUCAAUUGCAUAAUGUGACAUUAAUGAUCAACUGUAAUUCCACACUCCUGCUUUGCCUUAUCUCCUGUUCACUUUAUGUUCACAUUAGUCACAAACUGUUGGCAAAAACUGACACUUUUAUCACUACAUAAGUAGAAAUGGACUCCUCCACUAUUUGACUGCUACGUUACUCAGCUCAAAGGCCAACUUUUGUAUGAUUACUGUAAAUGUGAAAAUACUUCUUAAUGAAAUGUAUGGUUCAAUUGAUAUUACAUGUAUGCAGUAACCAAAUGAUGCCUAACAUGAUGGUAAAUCCAUCUAACAUGUAAAGUUUUUGCUUUUUGAUCACAUUUAUGAGCUUGUAAAUGCAAAUGAAAGUAAAGUUAAAUAAUGUAUGUCUUAAGUUUUUAUGUGUCAUACAGCCAGUGGCUGCAAUAUAUACAUAUACACACGUCUGUGGUGAAUUGUUUUGCACUUUGUUGAAACCAUUUUUGUACUCUGCAGGUCAUCUUGCACUUUUCAUACUGAAUAAACUGAAAAACUGUCAUUAUUUAGAUUUCAAAUAAACUGUUAAACCUUGAA